AUUUGUUCGUGCUCUCUGCUUGCUGUUGCUAUCGCGCUUGUAUUAUACUUGGUGAUAAAUUAAAAAAGUUACCUUUGAUUUUUUAUUAAUGAAAAUUCUUGCAAAAUAGUUAUAAUGCAGUGAUUUAAAGUAAAACUAUUAAAAUAGCAAAAACAUAUUGAACGGUUUCAAGUUUGGUUUUUAUUCUGUUUGCGAUCGCAGUUGUGUUUUAUAAAGUGGAGUCGUUACAAAAUAUUGCAAAAUGACUUCAGCACUUUAUUUGGAACAUUAUUUAGAUAGUCUUCAACAUUUGCCUAUAGAAUUACAAAGAAAUUUUAAAUUGAUGCGUGAUCUCGAUGACCGAGCUCAUGGACUAAUGAGGACAAUCGAUCUUAUGGCCGACGAAUUAUUGCCGAAUAUUCCAAAAAUGGACGACGAAACAAAAAAAGAAAAGGUGAACACAAUUCAGGGAUUAUUUAAUAAAGCAAAGGAGUAUGGGGACGAUAAAGUGCAACUCGCAAUUCAGACGUACGAGUUGGUUGAUAAGCACAUACGGCGCCUUGACUCUGACCUCGCACGCUUCGAAACUGAAAUUCAAGAGAAAGUAAUGAGCUCUCGGACCGCGCAACCUGGCACGGACCCGGAAACUAACACCACUACUGUAAAGAAGGGCAGAAAGAAGCAUAAGGCUAACGAAAAGACAGCUGCGUCUACAGGUAAGAAAAAACGUGCGGGCGCUUCGAGUGAGGAUGACGCAGUAGCGAAUGGAAGAUCGGCAGCAAAGAAGAAAGUACAGAGGAAAGGUGCGACGACUGCUACAAAUGCUGUCAAGGAACAAGAAGAAAAUGCAGACCUGGACUCCGUCGCUGGCAUGGCGCAUCCGAGUGAUGUGCUCGACAUGCCAGUAGACCCUAAUGAGCCGACCUACUGCCUCUGUCACCAAGUGUCAUACGGUGAGAUGAUAGGGUGUGACAACCCUGAUUGUCCCAUAGAGUGGUUCCAUUUUGCUUGUGUCGAUCUUAAAAUAAAGCCUAAAGGCAAAUGGUAUUGUCCUAAAUGUACACAGGAUCGGAAGAAAAAAUGAUCCACAUCUAAACCUUCCGCAAGUAAAACUGCAGAAAAGACUAUGCCUGUGAAGUCAGAGGUGAAGUGACUGCCUAAAUUAUAAUUAGUUUUAUAAAUAAGCAUAUGGAUAAUUAAGAUUUAUUUAAUUAUUUAUAGUAUUUUAUUUCACCUUCUGUGAAUUUGAAAGAAUUGUUUUAACCGUUAAUCUAAUGGAGACAAAUAUUUAGCAUUUAAUUUAACUAACAUAUUUAGUAUUUUUUGGUUGAUUAAUGUUUUAAAAUGAAAAGCAAACUGACUGAAAUGAGAGAGAAUAGUUAAUACAAUAGUUAUGACUUGUAAAUAAGAAACAAAGAAUAUAUAAAUUAAGGAGUCACAAUAUAUUUGAGAUGAAAUAAAUGAACACUUCUAAGGGAUGGUUAUAUGGUCAAGUUAUGUAAAUUUCAUCUAUCGGGAAAAGAUUUUACCUCAUUCCAGUAUAAAUGUUAAUGAAGUGCUAAACUUUGUAUAAAUAAAGUUUUUACUAUUUA